AUGCGUGAUCUGUAUCGAGCGGGCGGCGGGCGUGCGGGGCGCGGGGCGCGGGGACGUUCGGAAGCGGUGGCAGCUCCCAUCGACUCCUGGGGUUAUUCUUCCUCAGGCCACUGCUGCUCGAGCUACGUACCAAGCGAGCCAGUUUUUUCUCACCACCGCACCGCACGCCACACACUCGUUAAGCCCGUGCCAACACGAGAAGUCGCCACUAAUAAAUUACUGUUUUUUACUGCACUCAAGCAGUCUACGCCGCGCAGCCGACUAAUUUAUACG